GAGAGUUUUCGACAGAGAAAACAGAUGUUUGUAUGGGGAGCGUUACUAGUUCAGAUUAUUAUUUGAAAAUUAAUUAAGAAUUAUGGUCGAUGUUUCCAAGAAGAACAAAGUUGCAGCUGGUGCUGAAGCUAAUAUGAUCAAAAGAAGUAGAAAUGGCGGGCAUAUGCGUAGGCUAAAGCUGUACCAACUGAACCUUGAGGAUCACCAACUGGUUCAACAACUAGCUUCUUGCGAAACGCUUGUCUCGACUGAUCCUCCUCCGACUCCACGUCGGGAUGGAGGAGUAUGGCUCCACUUACAAUUCGACGACAUGAACUAUUGCAACUUUGGACUCCCAGAUUCAGGGAGCUUAAUUGAGGAGCAUGGAUUAAGCGCUGGGGAUACAGUUAUGUUGUUUAAAGAUGAUCAGCUUGGAUCCUACGACCUUCUCCGAGCUAGAAGGGAUGCUAUGCGACUUUUAACUCAUCCAACAACGCACAACCCCGUCCGGUUGCCUCCAUGGAUUACCAUAUGAUCCUUUGCAAGAUUUUGGGGUUGAAUCGUUUGUUGUACCGCAAGUUUUAUAAUAUAAUUAUCAAACAAUAGAGAACAUCGCGGUCGACAUCAGCGUUAUGGAUGAAAGUCAUAGUACUGAUAACCUAGAAGGUGUCCAAGCUAAAGAGGAUCAUCAAAUAACUGUGUACCAGAACAAUUACGUUGAUGUGGCAGUGGCUCCAGUUGAAGAAGAUCUUCAAACAACGGUGAAUGAGAACAGCAAUGUUGGUAUGGCCGAAGUUAUGCAAGGUCAUCAAACACAUGCAAAAUCAUCAAACAAUAAAUGCUAACAACUACGUUAGUGAUAAUGUUGCAAAUGAGAUGAUUUUUCCUAGUUUAGAUGAUCAUAAUUCGUUUACAUUGGAGUCAUUGUUACUGUUGUCUGGAAGUGAUAACUAUGGAUCCUCUUAUGAGUUUGCCUAUCCGAUCGAUGACACUUGGGAGGUUGGGAUGGAUCAUAUGGAUUUUGACUUCAUCAACUUCUUGUUGCCCAAAUGAAAUUUUCAUGCAUACAACUACGUAACAAAUAGAUGAGAGACUUGAUGUAAUAUAAGUCAAUAAGUGUAUUUUUUUUAAAUUUAAUAAUAUUCUUCUUUACUUGUAA